AUGGUUGAGAUUUUAGGAUUUACAAAUGAUUUAAGUGAAGCACUACAAAAGCGUGAUCAAGAUCUUUUGAAUGCUUUAUCACUUGUCCAAGCCACCAAAGAAGAAUUGCAAGAAAUGAGGAAUGAUGGAUGGGAAGAACUUAUAUCUAAGGUUAUGAAAAUUUGCAAUAAGCAUGAUAUUGAUGUGCCUGAUUUGGAUGCACCGUUUGUGCAAGGGAAGAAACCUAGACGACAUGCUAUCACUUCUAGUUUGCAUGAGCUCAAUGCUAGAUUUGAUGAAGAGAAUACUGAAUUUUUACAAUGUGUUUCAUGCUUGAAUCCCUCAUCAUCUUUUGAAGCUUUUGAUGUGAAAAAAUUAUUGAGGAUGGUUGAACUUUAUCUAAAUGAUUUUGUUGAUGUGCCGGAAGUGGUAGUGCGACAUCAGCUUCAAAAUUAUGUUAGAAAUGUUCGAAGUGAUCCAAAAUUUGCAAAGUUAAAAGGACUUUCAGAUCUUUGUGCAAAACUUGUGGAAACAAAAAGGUGCAACACAUUUGAUAUAGUUUAUAAGCUUCUGAAGUUGGCUUUAGUCUUGCCGGUAGCUACUGCAAGUGUGGAACGUGUGUUUUCAGCCAUGAAGUUUGUGAAGAGUCAGUUAUGUAACAAAAUGGGUGAUCAAUGGUUAAAUGAUCGUCUUGUAACUUUUAUAGAAAGAGAUGUUCUUGGAACAAUUGACAAUGAUGUUAUUUUAGCACAUUUUCAAAUAAUGGUAGACGAUUUUCAUUGUAAACUCUUGGACUAUAAUGUAAACUCUUCUAUUUCCAUGAGAAACUUUCUCUCAUGGUUUUAUCUAUAA